CUUGGUUCUUCUUAUCGCCCGGGAAUAUCGCGCCAUUCUUGUUGGGCAAUGCCUGGCAGUCCGCGCAGCUGCUCUCUGAGACGCAUUAUUCUCGAAGCGCACUAGAAUAUGGAGACACCGCUAUGUCGGCGUCUGCCCGCGUGACCGAAUGUCUAAAUGAGGAUCGAGCUUGAGGAAUGCGGUGGAUCUCCCUCGGUGUUGGGCAUGCUUCCCGGGGUCUCCAGACCGCCAACACCUUGAGCUGACUCCUCAACCACGCUUGUAACUACAUAGCUGCGAGGGCCAGCUGAUUAUCGUGACUCCUGUUCUCUGUAGUCCGAAUCGAACCAUCUUUCACCGAGUCAUCUUAUAAUCCCAGCCCAUAGCCCGAGCGGCUCUCCCCCAUCCUCAACCAACUCUUCCAUUACAAACUCUCAUCAACAUCAAACUAGACUCGUGCUAUGUCUGCCUCAGUCAUGUCCAGAAAUCCUUUCCAUAGGAAUUCAACGAGGACCAUGGUCGACGAAUCAUGUCCUCCUCCUCCUCCCCCCCACUCAGCAAAUCCAAAGACCAUCUCCCGACAUACCUUCUCUCCCUCAACAAGAGAACGCUCUAAAGCAGCAGACAACACCACAAUUUUCAUGGUUCCAAUUUACGACGACAGGCAUCAGGGCGCAGACCUGCUCAUAGUCUCCCCCUCAAAAGUCAGCACCUCAAGAGUCAGCACCUCAAAAGUGAGCCACCAUGACCGGUCAGAAACACCAGCCAGGGCGCCCACGCCCCCUCCCAAGCCCGUGAUCCCGCAGCAGUGCGAGGACUGGGACGACUUCAUCUCGUGGAGGAAGACAGAGGCGGUGUGCAAGGCCUCCUCGAAACCAGAGAAGCCGCGCCUCGAAAAUUCGGCCAAGGAGGACAUCAUGCGCGGGUUUGAGGAGUGGAAGGACUAUCUGUCGCAGAUGAGGAUCCCCGGCCGGAGGGCAAGGCCCGUCUCGAUCGUGUCCACCGCCACGACCACGGCCGGCCGUAGCCUUGCGAACCGGUCCAGCAUGUGCUCCGUCUCGACCGUCUCGAGCACCAGCUCGUCCAAGGCGAGGUCGCUGAGGAAGACGUCGCGGUCGCGACACCUGCGCGCUUACUACUCGAUGGGAUGCCUGCUGAGGAAUAGGUUCAACCCAAGUAACAAUGAGCCUAUAAUAAGUCCCAUUGCAGACAUCCUGCGCAACUCAUCAAGCCGGCCCCAGCUUGCGAAGCGCAGGCCAACGAGCCAGCACUCGCUACCGGCAAACUGGACAUACUUCUGCAGCCCACCUCCUCAUCCGCCGCCCAACAAGCCUCUUCCAGCUCUGCCUUGUGCAGCACAGAAGGGACAGAAGAGGACGAGGAAAAGGAACCGCUCGGUUGUUGAGAUGAAGGAGAGGAAGAGGUUUCAGUUCCUUCUUUGGCAGUGAUCACACUGCUGGUGAGUGGACCGAAGACGGAGUGGACUUGACGAUAAUUUUUAAUGAAUCAUGACUUGGACGUCAUUGAAUGUCUACCCUUCUGCAUACGAUCCUGUUCAAUGCCGUGAUAUACUGCUACUGAGAAGGGACCGGAAGAAUGACUUGUGCUCCUCCUUGCCAGAAAGUUGUAUCUUGGCUCUUUGCGGUCUUGCGUGCGAUUCUCCACGUAACCUCGGGAGUCAAAUGGCAGACUUCAACCAAACUGCAUGACACUCCUCCACUCCUCUUCAUGGGGAGUGAGUUGAUUAAAAAAAGCCAACAAUCACAGCCGGUUGAGGCUUCUGGACUGGAGUGUCCUUCUCCACCUCGUCGCCGAUCGCAAAGCGAACGGUCUUGGCAGACUUCUUCGGAUUCUCGACGGUCUUAUGCUCCACUUCAUCAACCUUGUGCUCGACCUUGUCGUCCUUGGAUGCGGACAUGGUGAGCUCCGUGUGAGACUCGGCAAGUAUCUGCCAUGACUUCUGCCGCAUGAUCGGAAGGUCUGUCGACGAGCAUGGUCAGCCUCCUGCCCUCAAACGGGACUUGUACAGUCCGGGACGUCUUCCUUACCACUGUAGCGCCGGCCCCGGCCACGACCAGCAAACACUUUCGAGGCUCGCCCUCGAACUUCCUUCAAAGCCUCGCGCGACCGCAAGGCGACUGCUCCACCCAUCGCGACAGCCACCCCACGAAGCUUCGAGACGACCGCUCGUACGUUUCGACAGAGCGGGUUUCCCUGCAGUCGCAUGUUGGACGAUGGCUCGGUAGCCGGCAAGUUUGCCUCGCGGCACACAUCGCGGCGGAAGUAUUCGGCUGUUUCGUGAUCAGCACCAAUAUCCAGGAGUGCGACAAACGGGUUCAGAAAUAUGUACGGGUAUGCGGGACUUACGAUUGACGAUUUUCAGCCACACCAGCAAGAAGAUGGUGGGCACAGUGGCGAGCAGGACGACGGCGGAGAUGACCAUGAUAACCACGUCUGAGACAUGGCCUUCUGGCUGGGGGUGAUCGUGGGCGUCCGACAUGGUGGUUUGAAGGGGACGGCUCUUGUCUGUCGGGUCUUCAGGACAGGUGCUACUGAAC